CUCAGCAUUUCCUGCAGCAGAGAAGCAUCUGACAGCAGCCGGAAGGGGGCGGGGCUUACAGUGAACACAGAUGAGUGGACGUGCAGUUCCGUGGCGUCCUGGGUCCAAGCUUGAUUUGUACUUAACCGGACUGCUCUGCACUGUAGUGGGGUGAAGGGUGAACUAACUGGCAGACAGGAACACUGCUGAUGUCAGCAGACAAGAUGGCGACAACAGCUAGUGCAAAUGGAGCAGGGCCUGUAAAUGAAGGAAAAGACACCCUCAGUCCUGAGGAUCUGUCCGAGCUGCUGGCAGCAGGGACCAAGGAGGUUCACGAGAAGGCCGAAAACACACAGUUUGUGAAAGACUUCCUCAAGGGUCGCAUCCGCAAAGAGCUUUUCAAGCUUGGUGCCGUUGCUCUCUACUACACCUAUACCGCCAUGGAGGAGGAGAUUGAAAGGAACAAGGACCACCCCCACUUUGCCCCCCUAUAUUUCCCUACAGAGCUGCAUCGCCGCGAGGCCCUGGCCCGUGACCUUGAGUACUUUUACGGGCCUGACUGGCAGAGCGAGGUCAGCUGCUCCCCGGCCGCCCAGCGCUAUGUGGACCGUAUUCAUGAAGUAGGGCAGGAGGACCCCGUGCUGCUGGUGUCCCACGCUUACACCCGCUAUAUGGGUGACCUGUCAGGGGGCCAGGUGCUGAAGAAGGUGGCGCAGAGAGCCAUGAAGCUGCCGCCCACAGGGGAGGGCCUGGAAUUCUAUACGUUUGAUGGCAUCCAUAGUGCCAAAGAAUUCAAGCAGCUGUACCGUAGUCGGAUGAACGUGCUGGUUCUGGACGAGGAUACAAAGAAGAGGCUGGUGGCCGAGGCUGUCAAGGCCUUCCAGUUCAACAUGGAGGUGUUCGAUGAGUUGGAAGAGAUUGGUAAAACCAUCCAGGAGGAUGUUUUAGAUGCUGGCAUGCCCGUCCACGGAGCAAUGGGCGGAGACAUCAGCAAAUGUCCCUACUAUUCUGCCAAAAUGGCGGCGGCGGGCGGAUCAGAAUACGCCUGUCAGCUCGCCAUGGCCGUACUGCGACACCCGACGGGACAGGUCCUCUGCGCUGCUCUUGCUGCUGCUCUUGCGGGAUUUGCUGCCUGGUAUCUGAUGUGAUGCUGCCGUCACCGUGCUGCUGGGAGAACAACGAGAAAAAAGGGAGGACAGUAAGGGGAAUACAAAAGUCCCUCAGGUUGUAGACCAUUUCCUAGUUUCUUACAAACAUUCUGAACGGGUCCAGGCUUAUUUAAUGUUACUUAAAGGAAUUAAACUUGGAUCUGUUCCUUGGAAUUCUGAUAUAAUGACCAUAAAUAUGUCAUCUCCAUCCAUCCAUCAAGCUACAACUUGUUAAAAUGUAUCCUCUAUUCUUUUAAAUGUGCUACCUCCUCUGAACUGUCCCUCCAACCUUUGUCCUUCCAGUGAGUUUAGUCCUAUCUGAAGAUAUUCUGAAGCUGUUUUCUCCUUUUGUCGUGGAAGCUCACUAGUAUAGAUUUCGCCCCAAUUUUAAAUGAAACUGAAACAUGUUUCAACAUACUAUGCACAUGUUAUGAAUGAGUUUAAUGGCUCAGCGUGUUCUUGCUGGGCAGACUGCUGUGGUGGUUUUGAAUGAAAUCUUUGUGUUGGUGCAAUAAAAGAUCUCAAAUUGUACUUCCUGACAUGAAUGGAAGUUCCAAAGAUAAUGUAAAACGCAGUGCAUAUUCUUUCUUUUUAAUUCAUCUAAUUAUCCAAAAAUGGCCUCCAAUGUUUCUAAAACAUUUCUACAAGUGUACCUAAUUCUUAAAAAAAUAGCACAACUUUGACAAGCUUAUGAUGGAUACGAGUGAAUACACCUGAAAAUGGACUCUACUAAUGCAUGUUCAAAUCAUCUUGUAUUUAUAAACAAAAACUGCCUGAUGUUGGUUUGAAUGCAUCGCUUAACUGUCCAGGAUGAAGUAUUAAUCGAUGAUUCAGUUUUCUGCCACAGAAGCUUAUAUCAUAGGAAAGGUGACUAUGAUAAUGGUUAAGUCUAAAGAGGUUUAUUAUGCAGGUUAGGUCCUUCAGCAGCUCACCUCUUGUGUAAGCAUCCACUUGUUAUGGAUACACCAGUGUGCAUCAUCACUAAAACAAAGUCACAUUUUGUUUGUACUCCUAUUUUUUGGAACACCAUUCCAAGUAAUGCUCAUUGCAACAUGGAUAAGGAGGAACAUAUUGUGCUUCGUGUACUGUAUGCAGUGUUAUUACACUGUUCUGCAAUUGAAGUUGUAUAUUUAUCGUGACACAUUAAUGACAUUUUAUUAACUUGGCAUCAUCUUCCAAGCUGUUUCUUCUUAUCGUAGUUUAAAAAUAUUUGACGCACAGUGUCAACGGAAACCUGCUUAAAACAAAAUGUCUACCAGGUUGGUGUGGUGUGUGUUUUGCACAUGAUGUACAGUAUUCAGAUUUGACCUGGCAUGUAUCCCAAGUGAUAAUGUGUUUUUUAUCUGAGCGUCUCAGGUUCAUGUUGUAGUCAGAUGGAAAUACAAUGCCUUUCCUUUGGACUGUUAUGCUCCUGUAGUUCAUUGUCCAUGUUUUAUUUUAUUUUAGCCAGUGUCAAAAUGCUUCAGUAUUUUUGGACGAACUUAGGGAAGGCUUACUUGAAUCUCAGAAGUACAGUUGUUUUGGUCAUUGUUAAACCUUAGAUAUAGAAGAUGGGAUGCUUGACUAAUUCAUGUUGAUUUAGAUUUCUCUUGUAUUUCAAUAACUCUGCUCCUAAUCACUUUGUGUAUCUAAACGCUUUAUAGUGUUUGACACCCCAUGGCUGUUGAAUGAAAUACAUUCUGUUUUCCUGCUCAAGCUGAAAUAAAGGUGAUCCAUUUGGACUGGUUUAUUUA